AUGGAGGGAGGUCGUAACGUCGUGGACGCGGCUGGUCGAGGCGAGCCAAUGGACGAGCAUGUCGUGAAUGAAGCGCCGUACGAUGCACAGGUCCUGCCGUCGUUGACCCGUCCGCCUGUGCGACCCGCGACCGUGAAUCUCUCGAUGGAUGACUUUCUCUGUCCUAUCUGCCGCGAUUUGAUCUUCAAACCCGCUGUCAACGCGUGCGGCCACGUGUUCUGCUUCUGGUGCGUGCAUCGCGCCAUGACGCCCUACAGCGAGAGCCGCUGCCCCAUGUGCCGCCGCGCCUUCGCGCACUUUCCUGGAGUGUGCUGGCUGCUGCACCGCUUCCUCUCCUCCGCCUUCCCCGCGGAGCUCCGCGCGCGCGCCAGGGACGUCGCGGAGGAGGAGCGCGCCAUGGGCACCUUCUCGCCCUCCGCGCCCCCUGCGCCCUACGCGCCAUCCGCUCCCCCCCCGCCCCCUUUGCUUGAGGCAGAGGCGGAGGAACGAGGGGAGGGCAGGAGAGACGUGGUGCAGGAGGAAAAUGGGGAGGGGCGAGCGGGGGAGGGCAGGAGAGAGAGGUUGAGUGCGACGGAGGGGGUGUUUCUGGCGUACUGGCAGCAGCAGUUCUCAUGUGGGGUGUGCCGCCUGCUGCUGCUGCACCCCGUCGUGCUCAACUGCGGUCAUGUCGUGUGCGCUGCCUGCACAUCUACCCACCUCACCACUUCAGCAAGCACGCCCUCUCUCGCCCACCCCUCCUCCCCCCCGCUCUCCCUCCGCCACUCCUCCCCCUCCUUACCUCAUCUCAGCCCGCCCCAUACCCUCCCUCCGCACACUCUCCCGCCCCACUCCCUCCUUCCAACGAGGCGAGUGGAGGCAUGUGUGCCGCUGCAUGCCGCCCUCUCCGCCCUCUUCCCUGCCGCCCUGCAGAGGCGCGAGCAGGAGAGGUGCAGAUGUGAACGGACGGCUGAGAUUACUUGGAUGAGAGAGGAAGAUCAGGUUGAUGGCAGGGAAGGAGAGGAGGCAGGAAGAGGAACAAGAGAAAUGGGAGAGGAGGGAGGAGGUGAAAGGAGAGAGAGCAGGGAGAGGAGAGGGAGGCUGCUAGCAGCUGGUUCCGGUGCAGAAGAGGGUGUGAGAGAGGAGGGCGUGAGGGAAUGGGACAGAAGUGAGCGAACUGGUAGGGAAGGGGGGGAGGCAGGGAGUGACGAGAACAGAGGAGGAGAGGAGGGGAGGGAAGGGAGGGGGAGAGGGAGCAUCCAGUCAGACACGGAGGGAGGGAGAGGAGAGGAGGAGGAGAGCAGGGUGGGCGAUGUGACUGCGGUGAGAACAAGAGAGGAGAGCAGAGAAGAGGCAGCUUUGGCAGAGGGGCAGCAGCAGAUGAGCGAGGGAGAGAGCACGGCGGUGCGGGCGGCGUGGGAGCGCGUGCAUGCGGUGGUGCGGCGGCUUGACCUGGCGCGCCUUGAGGGGAGCAGCGAGGGGCAGAGCGAGGCGGAGCAGGAGGCACUGAUGAGGGAGCUGGAGGAGACGAGGCGAGCCAACUUUAUCCACAUCAGCGUCGGUUGUGAUGGAUGCGGGGCCUUCCCCAUAGUGGGGGCGCGCUACAGGUGCCUUGACUGCCCGGAGCGAGUGGGCUUUGAUCUCUGUGCCGCCUGCUACAGCUGCCCGCCCCCGGUGGUGGGGCGCUUCAACCAGCGCCACGUCAGCACGCACCGCAUGGUGGAGGUGCGGCAGAGAGACGGCGUGAUGCAUCGGAUAUUCGAAUCGGUGCAUCCGAAGCUCAUGGCUCGGCUCAUGGCAUUCAUAGAGGAGGAGGAGGAGGAGGAGGAGGAGGAGGAGGAGGAGGAGGAGGAGGAGGAGGAGGAGGAGGAGGAGGAGGAGGAGGAGGAGGAGGAGGCGCGGAGGGAGGAGAGAGUACAAGUGCAUCCGGAGCUUAUGGCUCGGCUCAUGGCAUCCAUAGAGGAGGAGGAGGCGGACCAGGUGGGGGAGAGGGGGAUAGAGAUGGAAGGAGAAGAGGCGGAUGGGAGAGAAGAUUUGAGUGGAGAAUGGGAGGAGGCGAGUGGGGACGGAGAUGAUGUUGAGAGCACUUGCGAGGAAGGGGUGGGAAGGAGGGUGGGGACAGAGGCGGUGGAUGCGGAAGGAGAGGAAAAUAGAGACCGUGAGGCUGAGAGGAAAAGGGUGAGAGAGGGAGAAGAGGAGGUUGGAGAAGAAGAGAACGGAGAUGGAUAUGGGGAGGAAUUUGGAGGCCUUUUUGCAGCAAGGCAGAGAGACAGAAACACUAUGACUGCGUAUGGGGAUUGCGUGGGAGGAAGUAGGGAAACUGAUAGGAUCGAGGAAGACGAAGGGAGCGAAAAUGAUAAUGGGAGUGAGGGGAAUGGAGUGGGUGGCCAAGUGGGUAGUGGGGGGGUAGUAGGAAGGCGAAGGAGACGGGCAGUGAGUGAUGUUGAGGGCAGUGGGAGAAAGCGACACAAGCAGGAUGAGGCAGGAGGCGGAGAGCAUGCACGAGGCGGAGAGCAUGCACGAGGCAGAGAGCAGGAAUGUGGGCCAUUAGACCUGGCAGCUUCGCCGGUGUUGAAAUACAGUGCGAGAGAGGGGCGUGGGGAAAACGAUGGCAGGGGGGUUCAGCGAGACUGGCUAGUGGAGCGGCGAGACCAAGAAGACGCUGGUGGGUCGAGCAGGCAUGAGGGGAACACGCAUUUGGGAUUGGCGGAUGAAGAGGGUAAAAUGCGAGCAAGCGAGGAAGACCGGAGCCUCUUGCUCACUGCAGCAGGACUCUCUCUUUGCCUUGGGGAUUCCACCGGAAAGCGCUUUGGUGGUGGCGGUGAUGGUGUUGGCGCUGCGGAUGUUUCCACAGCAAUACGUGUCGGCAUAAGCGCGGGAGGAGAAACUAUGGGGUGUGGUCGUGAUGGUAUAGGCGAUGCUGCUGCCAUGGGUACUGCUGGUUGUGCCGUUGCUGCUUCUGAUGCUACUACCUUUCAUGCAAAGGCUGUGAGCGGCAUAACUGAGAAAGGAGGAGAGGUGGCAGCAAAGAGCAGGAUGGGCGUGUCAGGAGGAAGCACAUGCGGUGUGGGGGAAGUUCAGCUUGACGUGGGAAGGAUUUGGAGCAGAGGAGCAAGGGAAGGACAGGGGGAAGGGCACAAUGAAGGGGCGGCUUUGCUGGAUGGCAGUAGAGGAGUAAAGGAGAGUGGACGGGUGGAGCAACAAGGGGACGAUGCUCCCUGUGCUGGUGGAGAUGCGGCUGCAGCCGCUGGCUUUUCCGGUGCUGGUGCUGGCGCGUCCGGUGCUGCUGGUGGUGGUGGUGCUGGUGAUGGUGCUGCUGAUUCUGGUCUCGGAAGAAUAGGGGAGGUGGGCAGUGGGUCCGGUUUAGGGUGGCAACAAAGGAUGGUAAACCUUGUCCUGGUAUCAACGAGUAAUGGUCGUGCCGACCGUGCGAAUAGAGAAGGAGACCUCUCACAGCGGAGCAAGGGUAGGGAGGCAACAGAAAGGAAAAAUAUUUGGCUUUCUGUGGCACGGGAGGGCACAUUUGGGGGAGGUGGAUCUGCUACAAACAGCCACGGGAAAGAGAGGGUGGUACGUGCAUCAUCAGAAAACCGAAGGUUGAGAGACAGCAGAGGAGUAGCAGAGGCAGGUACAAGUGGGGCAGGCUUAAGUGAGGCAGCGCACUCUGAUGGAAGAAGCCAUGAGAGGGAGAGGGCCCAGCAGGUGUUGGCAGAGAGCCAAACUGCGAGACGAGUAGAGAGUAGCGGAGGAGGGGAGCUCAAGGACGGCAGGAUAUCGAGAAGUGGUAAAAGCAGUGGACGGAGCGAGGAGCAGCAGAGUGAGAUGGGCACUAGCUGUGAAUCUGGGAGGGAGAGAGGGAGUGGAGAAGAUGGAGGAAGCAGAGGGGAAGGGGGGGGUGGAGAGGCGAGAGGGCGUGGAGGAGAGAGGGGGAGCGGCAAGAAGAGGGGGAGUGAAGGGGAUAAGGGAAGCAGCGGGGAGAAGGAGAGUGGAAACAGUGGAGGAGGGGCGAGAGGUGCAGCUGCAGCUCGGAAGCACAGGAGGUGUUGGUCGCCUGACAUUCAUCAGCGGUUCGUCAAAGCGCUGGAGUCGCUGGGUGGAUGUCAUGGUGCGUGCAUGUGUGCAUGUGCGCUAAUGAGCAUGAAUCUCUGGACAUGUUUCCAUUCCAUGUGCCUUUCCAUCCUCUCCUUUCCAUUCUUCUCUCAAUCUCUCGAUCCCAUCCACGCUCCACUCGCUUCCUCCCUCACGGCAGUGGCCACACCGAAGCAGAUCAACGCGCUGAUGAAGGUGGACGGGCUCACCAACGAUGAGAUCAAGAGCCACCUGCAGGUGAGGAUGGUCGCAGGUGAAUGGUGA